UGAGGAGAGCGAGUGCGGCUGGCACCGAGCUACAAUAGCUCCGCACAGCUAACAGGGCGCACAAGGGACGGGAUCCUUCACUGAAGGGAAGCUUACAGAGAAGCCAUUGCCAGGGCUUGACAUUUAUACUACAACAUAUGCGCAACUGACAAGAAAACAGGUGCAAACUCAUAAUACCUGGGGCAGAAAAAAACAAUUAAACAAUAAAGAAUUUGGAGAACUUCAGUGGGAGGAGAGACUGGAUUUGGAAAGGUCACUACAGUUUAUUUCCGAGAACUUUGUUCCAGGGCUCUUAUUGGCCAUUGGAUUCUAGCCUGAGUAUCAAGCAUCUCUUGCACCUUGGCUACAGGUUGCCCAGGAAAGACUUAUCUUGGCAAAUACCUCCUGCUGCACCACUAGUUUCAUUCUUAAGCCUACACCUGUAGUGAAGGUUAAACAUGACAGAGAAUUCAGCUGCUGCUCCAGCUGGCAAGCCCAAGCGAUCAAAGGCAUCAAAGAAAGCAACUGACCACCCUAAGUAUUCUGACAUGAUAUUGGCUGCAGUGCAAGCAGAGAAGAGUCGUUCUGGUUCAUCGCGUCAGUCAAUCCAGAAGUACAUCAAAAACCACUAUAAAGUUGGAGAGAAUGCAGACUCGCAAAUCAAACUGUCUAUUAAGAGACUGGUGACUUCUGGCACCCUCAAACAGACCAAAGGAGUGGGUGCCUCUGGAUCUUUCCGGCUAGCCAAGGCAGAUGAGGGCAAGAAGCCAGCCAAGAAGCCUAAAAAGGAAAUUAAAAAAGCAGCUUCACCCAAAAAAGCUGCUAAGCCCAAAAAAGCUGCAAAGUCUCCUGCCAAGGCCAAGAAACCUAAAGUGGCAGAGAAGAAAGUAAAGAAACCAGCUAAGAAAAAGCCUGCACCUUCUCCUAAAAAAGCCAAAAAGACAAAAACUGUCAAAGCCAAGCCAGUGAGGGCAUCCAGAGUAAAGAAGGCCAAGCCCUCCAAACCAAAGGCAAAAGCCAGCCCAAAGAAAUCUGGACGGAAGAAGUAAAGCUCCUGCAGUCUCUGGACAGCUCCUAACAACUUGUGUACAUAGUUUUAUAACCUUCACUUUUUCCAGUGCAACUUUAUAAUGAUGAUCAGCUUCCCUGCAAUUCCCAAGACAAAUUUGUGUAUUUGACUUUGCCUGCACUAGGGGAAUUAAGCAAGAUUUAACUGCUUCAUUUUUUUUUAUUAUUUUGGUGUUAAAAUGUAGGAAUUUUUUUCCCAAGGAAGAAGUUAUCAAACUGGGCUUAACAUUUUCAAUGAUUUUGUGUUUCCUAGCCAUUUUAGGACAAGCUUUAACGAUAUCAUUGCACAGAGCUUGGCUUAAUUAUUAUUAAUCUACCUGUUCUUAAAUGGGAAUAAUGAUAUCUUUAAAUAUUGUUCGGUGUGAUUGUGCUACAUUAUUGUCAGAAAUCAGACGAUCUUGACCCUAAAAUGUUGCUUAUAACUUAAUAUUUAAAUGGUAGUUUAAAUAUGAUUCAUAGUACAAUUAGUUUGGUUAUUGUCUACUGAUAUUUUUGUAGUUUUUUUAUUUGUAGGAAUGAGUCAGCAGUAGACUAGAGCACUUUUUUGCUGGACAGGCAAUGGAUCACCCCCCUGUAAGUUUGAACUCUUCAUAUAUUCACACGAGAUCCAUUUUUUUUUUUUUUUUAAACAUACAAACGUUUGUUCAGGAAUGAUUUACUAACUGUACUUAUGCAGCAGCAAGUGCAAUGCCUAGAAGAUUUUGAUACCUUUUCAGCAACAUUUUAAAUGUUCUCUCUAUGGAGAAAUGAUUAGCUAUUAAGAUAUACAAAUAUCUUCCAACUGAAGACUGUAUUUGUACUUGUCAACCAAGCUUUGAGGGUAUUAGGCGUCGUUCACGUACUGUGAAUGGUGCAGCUAAUCCUUUUCAGUAUCAUUUGUGCUGAAAAUGGUCAGUAAGCAGUGAACCAUAACAUUUAUUUCUGUAUCGGUGAGAACUAAUCGAGCAAGUGACAAGUGGCCAUGAAAUACAAAUAGAAAUAUUUUAUUCAUGUGUUUUGCUUUGUAGAUUAGGAUUAAUCCUUUGUAAUCAUGACUUUGAAAAUAAAAUUGCCAAAACGUG